GCAUAAAUUUAAUUAAUGAUUGAGGAAGAAUACAGACCUGAAGACAAGGCUUCCUUCAAAAAGAAAUACAAAGUAUUUUAGACUCUUGCUUCAAUGAUUCGAUAAAGAGGUUAUUUUGAAUCCACUCCUGCUAAACUUGUAGAGGAUGAGUCUUUCGAAAUAUUUGAAUCGAAAUAUCGCGAUAAUUUACCAGAGAAAAUAGUAUGUUUCAAAGUAGACAAUUUCAUUAAUAAUUGAAUAGAGAGAGGAUGAGACAGACAAAUUGCUUAUCAUCUUUUACACUAAAUAAGCAGCUCUCACUUUGGAUGAAGCAAAAAAAAUCGUUUAGGAUUUCUCCAACAAGUAAGUUAAGAGGCUCAUCAUGUUAUUUCCAACUGACCCUUUUGCAACAAAACCAUAAGUGGUGGAUAAAAAGGCAAGAACUUUUAUCGAUCAAGUUAAUUCCCUUUAAAAUUACUCAUUUGAGUUGUUUGGAGAAGAUGAUUUAGUCUAUGACGUUACCAAGCAUGAAUUAGUGCCUCAACAUAUUAUCUUGAAUGAAAGAGAAAAAGAAGUAAAACUAUAUGUGAUUACACUUAGUUAUUAUUAAAAAAAUAUGGGUUAGUAGAUAAUCAAUUGCCAAGGAUUCUACAAAGCGACCCAAUUGCCAGGUUUUUGGGACUCCAUCAUGGAGAUGUAGUAAAGAUCAUAAGAAAAAGUGAAACAGCAGGAUUAUAUGUUACCUACAGAAUAGCCAUAUGAUUUGAAAUAUAAAUUAGCUAAUGUUAAAUACCAUUUAAGUGUC